AAAGCUGUAGAAAAUAAUGGAUGGAAUGCAUUGAUGCUUGCAUCUCAAAAAGGACAUGAAAAAAUUGUAGAACUUUUAAUUAAAAGAGGAAGUGAUGUUAACGCUAUUGAAAGUAAAGGAUGGAAUUCAUUAAUGCUAGCCUCUUUAAAAGGACAUGAAAACACUGUUGAAAUUUUAAUUAGGAGUCACAGCUAUAUAAAUGCUGUUAACGAAAAUGGAUGGAAUGCCCUAAUGCUAGCCUCUCAAAAUGGACAUAAAACCACUGUAGAACUGUUAAUAAAAAGAGGAAGUGAAGUUAAAGUUAUUGAAAAUAAGGGAUGGAAUGCUUUAAUGAUAGCCUCUCAAAAUGGACAUGAAAAAACUGUAGAAUUUUUAAUUCAAACCGGCUGUGACAUAAAUGAGGUUGACAGAGAUGGAUGGAAUGCAUUAAUGCUAGCCUCUCAAAAUGGACAUCAUAAAACUGUAGAUCUUUUAAUUGAAUGGGGAAGCGAUAUUAAAGCUGUUACUUCAAGUGGAUGGAAUGCAUUAAUGCUAGCCUCUCGGGACGGAAAUAAAAAAACUGUAGAACUGUUAAUUAAAAGUGGCAGUGAUAUAAACGCUGUUGAAAAUAAGGGAUGGAAUGCAUUAAUGUUUGCUUCUUUUGAAGGACAUGAAAAAAUUGUAGAGCUUUUAAUUAACAGUUGCUGUGAUAUUAAAGCAGUUCAAAAAAGUGGAUGGAAUGCAUUAAUGCUAGCCUCUCAAAAUGGGCAUGAAAAAACUGCAGAGCUUUUAAUUCUAAACGGUAUAAAUGUAAAAGCCAUGCAAAGAGAUGGGUGGAAUGCAUUAAUGCUAGCCGCUCAAAAUGGACAUGAAAAAACUGUAGAACUUUUAAUCAAUUGCGGAAGUGAUAUGAAAACUGUUGACAAUGAAGGAUGGAAUGCAUUAAUGCUAGCAUCUCAAAAUGGACAUGAAAAAAUAGUAAAACUUUUGAUUAAAAAUGGCUGUGAUAUUAAAGCAGUCAACAUUUAUGGAUGUAAUGCAUUAAUGCUAGCCUCUAAUAAAGGACAUGAAGAAAUAGCAAAAAUAUUGGUUCAAAAUGGUUGUAAUUGGAAUGAUUUUAAGGAAAAUGGCGCUAACUCCUGUAAUGGUGGGCCUGAAAACAGAUUUCGACAACUUGAAUUACAAUAUGAAGAUCAAGAAAAGCCUAUUCGUGGCCGACUGCAGGACAAAUAUUUCAGGAUUCUACAGAAAGAAUACCAAAACUUACUAACUGAAAUAGAUGCAAAAUUUUUAAUUCCUCAUUUGUUUUCGAAAAACGUGAUUGAUUUAGAUGCUCUUGAGAAAGUUCAGGCAGGUGUAACACGAAGAGAAAGAACAAGUGUGUUUCUACAUAUUUUAUUUGAAGCUGGGCCAAAAAGAGCGUUCCCAGAAUUUUUGAAAAGUUUAGAAAAAGAGUAUCCACAUGUUGCAGAGAGGCUGAAGAAGGAAAUGUAA